UGGCUUCUCAAUUCCCAAGGACUUUUUUUUUUUUCCUGAAAGGGAAUUAACAGAUGAGUCUGUGGUUGCUUUGGCAACAAACUUUCAACCUCUACCUAACUCUCCGGAGUGAGAACAUACCUAUUAAUACAUUGGCUAGACUGGGGAGUUGAGUCGCUCAAUGCAAAUUUUCUUUCAAGUGCAAAACAGCUUAAUCGGCUCAGCUAGCCUUUGAUGGUGCUGCGGUUAGAGGCUGGUGAAGCGGAGAGCAACUGUUGCAGUAACCUGUUGCAGAAAAGUGAAAGUAUAUCCGCAACAGUUGGCUUUGAUUGCAGAGAGUGCGCUUGUGAGAACUGAUGGCGGGUGCGCGCGGAAAAUCUUUGCAAAGCAGGCAAGUGGGAUCUCUUCUUAUUUUUCUGUGCGUAUCUGUGGGGGGUGCGACAACGAUCCGCUAUUCAGUGGCGGAGGAAAUGGAGAGCGGUUCGUUUGUGGCCAACGUAGCUAAGGACCUACGACUGGAGGUAGGGAAGCUGGCUGCGCGCGGGGCGCGGCUGGUUUCCGAGGGCAACAAAAUGCACUUCCGGCUCCACCGCAAGACAGGAGAUUUGUUUGUGAAGGAGAAACUGGAUCGGGAGUCACUUUGUGGCAAAGCCGACCCGUGUGUUCUGCACUUUGAAAUAAUCCUGGUGGAGCCGCUGCAGUCCUUCCGUGCCGAGGUCAGGGUAUUUGAUAUCAAUGACAAUGCCCCGGUUUUCCUAAACAAGGAGCCGCUUUUAAAGAUUCCGGAGAGCACCCCCUUGGGUUCACGUUUUCCUCUGCAGAGUGCCCAGGAUCUGGACGUGGGCCUCAACGGUCUCCAAAACUACACCCUUAGUGCCAACGGCUAUUUCCACCUGCACACCCGCUUCCGCAGCCACGGGCCUAAAUAUGCUGAGCUGGUGCUGAACAAACCCCUGGACCGAGAGGAGCAGCCUGAAGUCAACUUGACAAUUACGGCGGUGGACGGCGGGUCACCGCCCAAGUCUGGCACAGCUCACAUCCGCGUGGUGGUUCUGGAUGUCAACGACCACGUGCCCCAGUUCUCGCGACCGGUGUACCCAGCCCAGGUAUCAGAGAACAGCCCCAAUGGCUCUUUGGUGGCCACGGUGACUGCCAUGGACCUAGACGAGGGCACGAACAAAGCGAUAACUUACUCUUUAGCUCAAAACCCAGAAGCAAUUCUCAAGACAUUUCAGAUUGACUCUCAAACUGGAGAGGUUCGACUAAGAGGAACCCUAGAUUUUGAAGACAUUGAAACAUACGACAUUGACAUUCAAGCUACAGAUGGUGGAGGCCUCUCUGCCCACAGCAAAGUCCUGGUAGAAGUGGUGGAUGUGAAUGACAAUCCUCCCGAAGUGAUGGUCUCCUCUGUGUCCAGCCCACUCCCUGAAGACUCACCACCACAGACGGUAGUAGCCCUUUUCACUAUCAGAGACCGGGACAUUCGAGUGGGAGGAAAAGUCACCUGCUUCCUCAGAGAAGACCUUCCCUUUGUAAUAAAACCUACAUUCGGGAAUUCUUACUCGCUGGUCACUGACAGAAGCUUGGAUCGGGAGGAGGUCUCAGGCUAUAAUAUCACCCUUGUUGCCAUGGAUACUGGACCACCUAGCUUAUCUGCUGAGACUAUGAUAGAGGUGCUAAUAUCUGACGUUAAUGACAAUCCUCCAAUAUUUCGGGAAGAUUCCUAUAUCUUGACUGUUCGAGAAAAUAAUAGUCCUGCAGUUUUUAUUGGCCAAGUCCAUGCUGAGGAUCUUGAUUUGGGUGAGAAUGCCCAAAUAACUUAUUCUCUGUUGCCUCCAAAAAAUGGAGAUCUAUCAGUCUUUGCUUACAUAUCCAUAAAUUCAGACAAUGGAAAGCUCUAUGCACUGAGAACCAUGGAUUAUGAGGCCAUUCAAGAUUUUCAGUUUGUGGUAAAGGCAACUGAUGGGGGCUUCCUGUCACUGAAUAGCCAAGCUACUGUCAGAGUGGUUGUCCUAGAUGACAAUGACAAUCAUCCAAUGAUCUUGUACCCACUGCAGAAUGGCACCUUGCCCUGCAAUGACCUGGUGCCCAGGUCUGCAGAGGCAGGCUACCUGGUAACCAAAGUGGUGGCUGUGGAUGGUGACUCAGGUCAGAAUUCUUGGCUUUCAUAUCAUCUACUUAAGGCCACUGACCUUGGGUUAUUUUGUGUUCAAAGACAAAAUGGAGAAAUCCGUACAUUACGGCAGAUAUCUGAGAGAGACCCCAUGAUGCAGAAAUUGAUCAUUCUUGUUCAGGAUCACGGCCAACCAGCUCUUUCAACUACUGUCUCACUCAACAUCCUGCUGGUAGAUGGCUUUUCAGAGCCCUACCUGCAGUUCCAGGAUCCAACCAAGCAUUCCAGAAAGGUAAAUCCAUCCACUAAAUAUUUGGUAAUUUCUCUGGCCAUCCUCUCCUUUCUCUUUCUCCUCUCUGUCACAGUGAUCUUCAUUAUACAUGUCUACCAAAAGAUUAAAUAUAGAGAAAAGUUUACAAUUCAAGAGCAUUUCUAUGAUGACUGUAAUUUCUCUAACAAUCUGGUACAAGGACAAGGCAAUGGAUCCUUAUCCCAGCCUUGUCCAUAUGAAAUGUGUUCAGCCACUGGCACUGGUAAUAGUGAGUUUCGCUUUCUUAAGCGCUUUAUGCCCAACUUCCCUUUUCCUCAUGCCACUGGGGAGAUAAAAAUGGAGGCUGGCUCCAGUUUGCCUCUAAAUUCUGAAAGGAAUAAGUCUCGGAGAUCAGAGGGCCAUGACCAGGUAUCUGAUGACUAUAUGUAGCUCCUAUUUACAGCCUCAGUGAGAGAAG